GGCAGGGUCUCGUCUGUGUUUAAAAAGUCAGUCCUCACACACUCUGAGCUGGAUGUACCCAACAGACAUCAUGUUCUGCUUCUUCCUCCUGUGCUAUUAUCUGUCAAGUGCAGCGUUCUCAGAGCCGCUGAGUCGUCACAGAAGAACUUGGAUCAUCGACUCCUUUGACAUUGAAGAGGGGAACCCAGGGCCUUUUCCUUAUGUGCUGGGAACGGUCCAUAUUGAUCGGAGCUAUCGGACUUUCUUUGAGCUAUUUGGAGAAGGAGUAGACGAGGAGCCGAUGGGGAUCCUCUCCAUUGAUAAAGAUACUGGUGAACUGUCGGUCCACAAGGCUGUGGAUUAUGAGGAGAAGACACUGCUCAAGCUGAGAUUUCAGGCCAAAAAGAUGGAUUCAUCAAUUGACACAAAAUUAGGAAUUGAGAUUUACAUACGGGACAUCAACGACAACCCACCACUGUUUCAAAUGAAUCUGUAUGAAAUCACUGUUGGGGAGGAAAGUACACAAGGCUCCAAUCUCAUGACUGUGUUCGCUCAUGACAGAGACCAGAGAGGGUCACCAAACUCAACCUUCCACUAUGAAAUCAAAUCUGUGUCUCCAAAAGUUCCAGACACUGAAUUCAUCGUUGAUAAGUUGGGAGGAAUCUCCUUUAAAGGAUGUUUGGAUCAUGAGGUGGCUGAGAUGUUCACAGUGCUGGUGGAGGCCAAAGACCACGGUGAAGUCAUCAGCUUGUCCAGUUCAACCACUGUAGUCAUUCAUGUCCAGGACGGCAACAACCACCUUCCCGUCAUCAGCGGUCAAACAGGCACCAGCAAAGUGACAGAGCAUGAGACUGGAUCCUCUCCUCUGCGGCUGCAUGUGAGGGACAAAGACACCCUGAACAGUCCGGCCUGGAGGGCCAAAUACACCAUACAUGGAGAAGAAGGAGAGCACUUCAGAGUGGAGACUGAUCCAGACACGAAUGAUGGAAUCCUGACUGUUGUGAAACCUUUAGACUUUGAGGCAGGUGCACAGAGACAGCUGUCGAUCUCGGUGGAGAACGAGGCGCCAUAUUUCUCCUGUACAGUGAAGGACAAGACGUCCUCUGGCCUCUGGAAUGUUGAAACUACUAAAGGCUAUAAUGGUGCAAUUCAGCCUCAUUCUGUAAAAGUCAUCAUCAAAGUGGAAGAUGCCAACGACCCCCCAGUGUUCAGUGUGACUGUCAAAGAGGCCAUGCUGGAGGAGAACACAGCUGUUGGAACUUGGGUAGAGAAAGUGACCGCUGUGGAUCCAGACACCAGUCAUGCAAGUGCUUUUGUUUACAAGGUGGGACAUGAUCCUGCCGGUUGGGUGACAGUGGAUCCUCACACAGGUGACAUCACUACAGUGAAGACACCCGACAGAGAAUCUCCUCAUGUUGUUAACGGCCUCUACACCAUCUUACUGCACGCUGUUGAUGAGGGUGAGCCACCUCAGACAGGCACAGCUACGCUACAGAUCCACGUGACCGACCAGAAUGACAACGUGCCACAGCCAACAGUGGACUAUGUGGACGUCUGUAUGUCUGAUGGCCCCACGACAACCAACAUCACAGCCUUCGACCCGGAUGGAAAUCCCUUUGGAGGGCCUUUCACGUUUGAACUGUUGGGGAAUGUCAACAGAAAAUGGAAAUUGAAUCCUGCAUAUGGUUUCACAGCCGGCCUGGUGAAGGAGUCCGAUGUGUACGCUGGUCCACACACAGUAGAUCUGAAGAUCUCUGACAUGCAGGGACAGUUUGGUGUUUACAACCUCAGUGUGACUGUCUGCGACUGUACUGUGAUACCAAACUGCCAAAGCCGCCGAGACACUGCAAUGAAAGCUGCCUCCGGAGCUUUAGGCGUAGUGUUCGCCUCACUCUUUUUACUUAUAUUUAUGCUGCUGAUGGCGAUCUUCAUCUCCUGCAAAAGAGAGUUCAAAACUUUGCCGGCCGAGGAUUCCUCCAAUGAUACUCUCCUCGCUUCAAACACUGAGAGACCAGGAACUGACUGCAAGGUGCCAGACAGUGUCCUCACAGUGUCUCCUGAUAAGAAACAUCACAGAACAACUAUGCGGCAAAGUCAACAUGAUGGGAUGCAAAACACACAAUUUUCAGCAAAGCAGAAUCAUGCGGAACAAAGCUUCAGCUACAAACACUUUGAGAAUUACAGGAGGGAAGAUCUUUCCUACCUAUUCAGUGAAAAUCAGAACCAGUGUCAGAUGACCUGGAAUGCUUUAAUUGCCAAUGGCCACAACCGCUCCCACCAGUUUGAAGACAUGAACACAAUAAACUACCUCCAUAAAAGGAGCCAUAGCUGUACAACGGACAUGGCAAUCCUCAACCUGCUCCACUGGAGGCUCUCUGCUCUCCAGGAGACAGAAAAGGAUUUGUUGGACUAUGAGCCUCACCUCUAUGCAGAAGAGGGAGAGUCUGACAGCGUCUCAGAUCUAGAGAAGAUUUACAUCGCUGACGAUGAUUCAUUUCAGAAAGCGCUGAAAGAUCUGGGCCCAAGGUUCAACCAACUGGCUUCCAUUUGCAAGCCACCACAAACACAGAUCUGAACAGGUUCUAUUCUGUCACCAACAUUUGCGUACCAUAUAUGAAGAAACUCAUUUUUAAACUGCUGGAUUGCUUUUCUUGAGGUGAAUUAAUAAAGGUCAGUUAGCAUAUGUUAUUAACAGUUUCCAAAAGCCAGAGAGGUGAGCCAGUCCGUUUAUCAUAUUAUUUAAUAGCAACUGUUACACAUGUUUUUUUCCACAGUUUUCAUUUUACAAAUAGGGAAAAAAAAUCAAAACAAAAAGCACUGCGGUCUUACUAUUCAAUUUUGAAAAGAGGGCCUUUCACGACCUCUUUGGAGUCACAUUUGUACAGUCGAGCAGUCAUAAGUUAAUACAUUCAGACAUUUAGCAGAACAAAAAAAAAAAAACAAAAAAAAAAAGAAAGGCAUGCCUACUAGUCUAUUCAAAAGACAAAUUUCAGCACUGCAUGCUUCCAAACUAACAAUGAAUACAUUUAUGCACAGCUGCUGGCUUUAAAAGAAAUCGCUCUCCCAUUUCAUAUAAAGGAUCCAAAGUACAACAUUCCCUCAAUGCACAUUUGGGAUGAAGGAAAAAAACUAAACAAAAACACAUCGUCACUUCAAGUGCUUCAAAAUGGGGGAGAACAGGGAGGUACUUUUUUAAAUAAGUAGAAAACUACAAUAUUUACAGUAGUGUUAACAAAAAGAAAAGCCUUUACACCCUCCCACUGCCAACCUUUGGGAGGGCUCGCUGCUCGGUGGCGCUCGGUCCUUUGCGUCCGCGGCCUCUGAAUCCUCUGCCUCUCAGGAAGCGACCAGGAACUCCAAAUGUUUCAAUGUUCAAUUUUUUCUCCUCUGCCCAGGUAGUUCUCCUGAGGGCAUAAGCAAAUAUAACUAAAUAUAUUACAGAGCUUGACAAAACAUUGAAUUAUGACAAAGACAAAUCGCAAAAACAUUUGCAUACCCACCUGGGUUUAAGAUCUGAUGAGAUGUUGUCAAAGAAGCAUUUGGUCUUGUCAUAGUACUUCUCUCCUAGAGUCUCCUCCUCCUGGCUGUCCUGGGCCUCCCCAGAAUCAACUUUCUCCACUGUAGUAAAACAAAAACAACAACAAAAAAACCAAAAAACAGGCAUAUGUUUGCACACCUCAGCAUUUACAAUUCAAAUGUAAAUGACCAUAUCUUUAACAAACAUACCGACAACCUCCUUUGUAAGAUCAUCUUUGAACUGAGCAUUUGCGGUUUCAAAGUCAAAGUCUGACUCGAACUCCAAAGUUGUAGCCUUGGGGUUUUUCACAAGAAGUUGGCCUCUUCUUCGGUUCCUGGACCUGCGACUGCCUGAAAAUAAGCACGUAAAAACCUCAAUAUGACAAACACCUCUGUCAAACUGGUUUAGUAACCGCUUAGAGCCAGCUAAUCAAGUCUUGGACAUUUUGUUAUGCAGUUCAUUGCUUGAGGAUAAAUGGUCAAAGUCUGUUUACUUGACCUAAAUUCUUCUGCCUUCCUCAGACACCUGUCGAGGAAACAGUCGAGGCCAACCACAUUUUUUGGUUUAUAAUGUGCGUUUUUUACUCUCGCUACCUUGUUUUUGCCUUUGUUUCUGGUUUUCAGUGCCUUGGCCUUGAGUCUUGGCUGCACUUGGCUGGGAUGACGCCCUACCUAAAACACAAGUUAAAUGUGAUGAGAUGCUUCUUAUUUUAUUGAGAUUAAAAGCAUAAAUAAAAGUCUGCUGUAAAGUCUG